GAAUGCUUUCAAUUUAUACUACCAGCCCUACCUCAUGCCAUUGAUCUUUUACGGGAUGCCAUUGUAAAAGUAAAAGAGGUUCAUGAUGAACUUGAAGAUCUACCUUCACCACCACCACCUCUUUCUCCUCCUCCAACCAUCAGCCCUCACAAGCAGACAGAAGACAAAGGUGUACAGUGUGAGGAAGAGGAGGAAGAGAAAAAAGAUAGUGGAGUUGCUUCAACAGAGGAUAGUUCCUCCUCGCAUAUAACUGCUGCAGCCAUUGCAGCAAAGAAGCAUCCAUCCUAUACCAGUUCUGCUGUUAUCAUGGCAAAAGGUGAACAUCCCAUUCCUGGUCUCAUCUGUUAUCCCUCUCACUCAUCAGACAGUGCAGGAGAACCGAUUCCAGAUUCCAUCAUAUCUCGUGGUGUUCAGGUGCUCCCACGAGACACAGCCUCACUUAGCACUACCCCUUCAGAAUCCCCUCGUGCCCAAGCUACUUCUCGUCUCUCUACUGCUUCCUGUCCCACACCAAAACAAAUUAGACGCCCGGAUGAAAGCAAAGGAGUUGCUAGUAGAGUUGGAUCCCUCAAAGUCACAGUGCCGUAGACAUUACAAAAGUAGCAAGAAGACAUCGUAUGUCUCCAUUUCCAUUAACAUCUAUGGACAAAGCCUUCAUUACAGUUCUGGAGAUGACUCCAGUGCUUGGAACAGAAAUAAUCAAUUAUCGAGAUGGAAUGGGCAGAGUCCUUGCCCAAGAUGUUUAUGCAAAAGAUAACCUUCCACCUUUUCCAGCUUCAGUAAAAGAUGGCUACGCUGUCAGAGCUGCUGAUGGACCAGGGGAUCGUUUCAUUAUUGGGGAAUCCCAAGCUGGUGAGCAGCCAACUCAAACUGUAAUGCCUGGUCAAGUAAUGCGAGUUACAACUGGUGCUCCAAUACCCUGUGGUGCUGAUGCUGUGGUGCAAGUGGAAGACACAGAGCUUAUCAGGGAAUCUGAUGAUGGCACUGAAGAACUCGAGGUACGCAUUCUGGUGCAGGCUCGACCGGGUCAAGAUAUCAGACCUAUAGGACACGACAUUAAAAGAGGUGAAUGUGUAUUGGCCAAGGGAACCCAUAUGGGCCCAUCAGAGAUAGGUCUACUAGCAACUGUUGGAGUAACCGAAGUUGAAGUUAACAAGUUUCCAGUAGUUGCUGUAAUGUCUACAGGAAAUGAACUAUUGAAUCCUGAAGAUGACUUGUUACCAGGAAAGAUUAGAGAUAGUAAUCGUUCAACUCUUUUAGCAACAAUUCAAGAGCAUGGAUAUCCGACAAUCAACCUGGGGAUUGUAGGAGAUAACCCAGAUGAUUUACUUAACGCCUUGAAUGAAGGAAUCAGCCGUGCUGAUGUCAUCAUCACAUCAGGCGGGGUGUCAAUGGGAGAAAAGGACUAUCUUAAACAGGUGCUGGAUAUUGAUCUUCAUGCCCAGAUUCAUUUUGGCAGGGUUUUUAUGAAACCAGGGUUACCUACAACCUUUGCAACCUUGGAUAUUGAUGGGGUAAGAAAAAUCAUCUUCGCGCUCCCAGGGAACCCUGUGUCAGCAGUUGUUACUUGCAAUCUUUUUGUUGUCCCAGCACUGAGGAAGAUGCAAGGAAUUCUGGAUCCUCGUCCAACUAUUAUAAAAGCCAGGUUAUCAUGUGAUGUAAAAUUGGACCCUCGUCCAGAAUACCAUCGGUGCAUACUGACUUGGCAUCACCAAGAACCACUGCCUUGGGCACAAAGUACAGGGAAUCAGAUGAGCAGUCGUCUGAUGAGUAUGCGCAGUGCCAAUGGACUGUUGAUGCUACCUCCAAAGACAGAGCAGUAUGUGGAACUUCAUAAGGGAGAGGUGGUUGACGUCAUGGUCAUUGGAAGACUAUGAUGUUACCAGCAGGAGAAAAGUUUUGAUGCAUGUCCACAUAUCAUUGACUGUAUCCUGUAAUAUGCAACGGCACAGCUAGUUUUUCUGAAUUGGAUAAAAGUUGAUCAGUAUAAACACCUUGAACUAUAUUUCAAAUGGAUUUAAAUAAAUACCUUUUAAAAAAAACUUCAAAAACAAAUCUUAAAAGAAUUUAUUCUGAUUAUAUCAAAGCAACUUUUUCAUUUCUUGCAAUUGCUUUGUGUGUUCAAUGCUAGUUCCAAUAGCAGUAGCUUUUAGUAGACAGCGGUAGGUGCCUGCAGAACUUGUGUUUUUUCUCAUCUUUAAGAUUCAACUACUUAUGCUCUUAAAACAAGGCUGUCUGCUUAUUUAUACUAGUGUAGACAACACUUGGAUUUUCCCUUAUUAGUAUGCUUCAUAACUGCUUCACCGAGAGCUUCUGCUUGUUCUUUAUCGUAUCUCGUGUUGAUGUGCACAGUGCCAAAAGCAGAGUGGCUGCCCUGGGAACCCGAUCAAGCCCCAAGGUUUUCCUCCUUGCUGCGCGUUCAGGGAUACCUGUCAUCCCAGCAGCCACCCAGCUUAGUACUAUUGGGCAGUAACUGGAUACCUUUUGUUUAAACAAACAAACAAACAAAAAUUGCUUCCUUAAGUGCUGACAGCCUUUUUAACCAAUACAUUUAAAAUGUACAGAAUUAAAAUCUUUAAAAAAAAAUCAAAGACUGAUCUUGUACAGAUAUUAGUGUUACCAGCAUUCAUGUGGAAAUUAAAUAAGAAAUAAAAACUAAUGUUAAACAACUCUGUACCAUAACAUUUUCUGUAAUGAUACUGAAAUUUAAAUGAAUAAAAAAAAUCCUGAAUCAUUA